AUGGCGAGCUCACUGCCUCUUCCCACCAUCGACAGGCCCUUCGGCAUCCACCUGUGGCCGCUCUUCAGCAAGGCGUUUGAAUAUGUGGCCGGCUAUCCGGCCGAGGAGUUCGACUUUGUCGUCGGCAAGACACCCAUGUCCACGCUGAGGGACACGUCCAUCUUUGUCGCCAUCUACUACCUCGUCAUCUUUGGUGGCCGCGAGCUGAUGCGGAACCGGGAGCCGUUCAAGCUCAAGACGCUCUUUCUGAUACACAAUUUCGUCCUCACGGCUGUCAGCGCGGCGCUUCUGGCGCUGUUCAUUGAGCAGUUGCUGCCUACGAUUGCUCGGCGUGGGAUUCUCUUUGCCGUUUGCGAUGCUAACGGUGGAUGGACGCAGCCGCUUAUCGUGCUGUAUUAUAUGACCUAUCUCACCAAGUAUCUCGAGCUCUUGGACACGGUUUUCCUCUUCCUCAAGAAGAAGCCCCUGACAUUCCUUCACUGCUAUCACCACGGCGCAACCGCACUGCUUUGCUAUACGCAGCUGAUCGGCAGCACAUCCGUCCAAUGGGUUCCCAUCACCCUCAACCUCCUCGUCCACGUCGUCAUGUACUGGUACUACUUCCAGAGCGCUCGCGGCGUGCGCAUCUGGUGGAAGGAGUGGGUGACUCGCCUGCAAAUCAUCCAGUUCGUCAUCGACCUCGGCUUCGUCUACUUUGCGUCUUACACGUACUUUGCGUCCACCUACUGGCCGUGGAUGCCCAACUGGGGGAGCUGCGCCGGCAAGGAGUUUGCCGCCUAUUCCGGCAUCGUCAUUCUCAGCUCGUACCUCGUCCUCUUCAUCUCCUUUUAUUUUGCGACGUAUGCAAACAAGGGAAGCAAGACUGGCGGCAAGAAGUCGCUGCGCGAGGCUUCAAAGGCGGCGGCUUCGGCCUCUGGCGCCUUCGUGGAUGCUGCCAACGGUCACCGCGAUGCUGCUCCUAAUGGCUCUUCAGUUCGUUCUCGGAGGGCCAAAAACUAA